AUGGCCGCGGUGCUCGGCGCGUUCGUGCCGGAUACCGCGGUGCGGUGGCGCGGGCUGGUGGCGGGGGAGGUGGCGCUGCGGAUGGGCGUCGCGCCGGAGGCCAAGACGCUGGUGGCCAGGCUGGAGCGGGUGAGCGCCGCGGUGCGGGACGCCGAGGCGCGGGCCGCGUGUGGGGACGAUGGCGCGGCGCGGUGGCUGGCCAAUGUGCGCGCUGCCGCUUACGAGGCGGACGGGGCCGUCGACCGGUGCAGGGUCGCCGUGCGCCGGCGCAGGGCCCACGAGCAACAGAAGAGCCAGCAGCAGCACCACCACCAGGCAAGAUCACCACUUCGUUUCAUAUAUAGAGCUAUAAUCACGGCACUUCUGCAGCGUCUGUUGCAGGUUCAUCCAUUGACUGAGCUCCUUUGUUCCUGGUCGGCGCAGGCUCUUCCUCGGCUGCUAUCCUCCUGCUGCGACACGGACGUGUCCUGUGGCGACAUCGUGGCUGACAUCAACAACCUGAACCGGAAGCUGCAUGUCAUCCUGAAGGAGAAGCAUCGGCUUCAGCUCCGCUCUUCCCUCGGCGAUCAGCACUCAGCGCCUGUGGGGACGGCACAUAGGCUCCGGAAACCUGAGAGGACCCGGUCUGCUGGCGCCGACAUCGUUGGCUCAAGGAUCGAGGAUGACGCGGCCGGGCUCGUCCGACAGCUGACAGAGACGGACGGGAGAACCGGCUGCACGAUCGUCGCCAUUAUUGGCCCCGACGGAAUCGGCAAGACCACGCUCGCCAAGAAGGUGUACGGCAGCGAGAGGAUACGGCGCGCCUUUGGGGCGAGGUCAUGGGUGCGCAUUCCCAGGGAGUACAACGAGGCCGCCCUGCUCUCCCAGGUCAUCGACUCGUUCGGCGGCGACACAACGGGCGGCGAGAGCUUCGCCGACCUCGAGAGGACGCUGGUCAGGCUGGUGGAGGAGAAGAGGUUCUUGCUCGUGCUGGACGACGUGCGGUACGGCGGGGUGUGGGAAGACGUGCUGAGGAGACUGCUCGAGCGCGCUGCUGGACGCGGCAGCAAGGUGGUGAUCACGGCGCGGCACGGCAGCAUUGCUCGGGAGAUGGGCGCCGGCCACGUCCACCGCGUCAAGAAGCUGGACAUCGACGAUGGCUGGCUGCUGCUUCGCACGGCGGCCUCUAUAGCUGACGAGGCCGCGGCCGGCGAACUGAAGGGCGUGGGUGAGGGGAUAGCUGAUAAGUGCGGCGGUGUGCCAUUGGCGAUCAAGGCUGUUGCCGGCGUCCUGAGGACACGGGACCGGACCGCCCAAGAGUGGGGCGAGGUGCUCGCCAGCCCGGCGUGGUUGGUGAAGGGGCUCGCGGAGGAUGCCAUGAAGCCGCUAUACCUGUGCUACGACGACCUGCCGUGCCACCUCAAGCAAUGCUUCCUGUACUGCUCGCUGUUCCCCUCUGACCUCGCCGUGGAUAGGCGCGUGCUCGUGCAGCUGUGGAUAGCUGAAGGCUUCGUGCAGAUCAGAGCCGACGCCAGUGUCGAGGAGGUGGCCGAGGAGUACUACGAUGAGCUCAUCACAAGGCACCUUCUCCAGCCGGCAGAGGAAGAUGAACACGGUGGCGCCGCGUGGUGCACCAUGCACGACAUGCUGCGAGUUCUGGCGCAGCUGCUCGCACAUGGUGAGGAGUUGACCGGCGACUCGUACCGACUGUUGGUCGACAACGAUGCCGCCUUAGCACCACGGCGUGUUUCACUCCCGGGAAGAAAUCUGGCUGCGAUACCUGAGAAGAUUCUCAAGUUAGAAAGGGUAAGAACGCUGCUUCUUCAAAAGAACCCAUUUACGAUUGAAGGAAGCAUCUUUACAAGAUUGCAGCAUCUUAAAGUAUUAGACCUCAGCGAAACAGCAGUCGAGCUCAUUCCAGAGACCUUGGGCAAUCUUGUUUACCUGAGGUUCCUGAACCUGUCUCACACAAGGAUUCAGGCAAUUCCAGAAUCCAUAGGCAGCCUGUGGAGCCUGAAAUUCUUUCUGCUAAGAGGGUGCAAGACACUGCACGCGCUGCCAAAAGGGAUAGAGCAUCUGAGAGGACUCAGGGACCUUGACCUUGCCGGCACAGUGAUCAAUGACGUGGCAUUCAGAGUAGGCCAUCUGAGAAGCAUCACAUCACUCUGCUGCUUCACCGUGACGAGCAAAGAGGCGCGUGCCGCUCAGGAUAGGAGCGGGUGGCCUCUGGAUGAGCUCAAGAACUUAUCUCAGCUGAGAACACUGCACAUACAGAAGCUUGAGAAGGCUGCUAACCGAUCAGAGGCAACUGAGAUGUUACUUGAUGCCAAGAAAGGCCUCAGGGAGCUCGAGCUGUCGUGCAGCAGCACUGUCAGGCCACUUCAGACACCGGAAUUGGUCAGAAAGAUUGAGGAUAUCUUCGAAGAGAUGAAUCCACCACUAUGCCUUGAGUCACUGAAGCUUGUAAACUACUUUGGGACAAGGUUCCCAAGAUGGCUAUCAGUGACCUUCCUGCCAAAUCUCCAUGAUCUAGACAUCAUUGGGUGCAACUUCUGCCAGUCUUUUCCUCCAUUAGGCCGUUUGCCAGAACUGAGAUCCUUGUACAUAGCAGACUCUUUAGCUCUGAAGGAUAUAGGUGCAGAGUUCACAGGCACCGAACACCCACAUCAGGUUCCAUUUCCGAAGCUGGAAAACCUGCACCUCCAAGGGCUGCAGAAGCUCCAGACAUGGACAGACAUCGAGCCAGGGGCAUUUCCAUCUCUGCAGGAACUUCAGCUUGAGAGCUGCCCCAAGAUGCAAAAUCUUCCUGUUGGCCUCAGACAUGUGACAUCCCUGACCAAGCUACACAUAGCAGAUAUGGCAAGCCUUGAGGCUGUGGAUGACAUUGCUACACUGAUGGAAUUGAGCGUUUGGAACACUCCUAAUUUGAAGAGGAUAUCAAACCUGCCUUCCCUUGAAGAUAUCAACAUGUGCCACUGCCCUAUGUUGGAGAGUGUGGAGAAUGUAGACGGAUUACAAACAGUGCACACCUUUGAUCAUGACUUGCGGGACAUGCCCAGAUGGAUUGAGGCACAUGCUUCCAAGCUUCGAUCACUGAAUUUCACAAGCACAGUUGAGCUGCUGAAAAGGUGCUUGGUUGACGGUCCAGACUGGCCUGUGAUUAAGGACAUCAAGGAAGUUCAUGGGUACUCCACUGGUUCCAGCUACAUAUACUAUAAGAGGAGUCCUUAUAUCUUUGAGAGCAAUGUGAGUGAUGAAGAUAACCUCAGUGUCAGAGAGAAUGAAGCAGAUCUUGAUAAUGCUGAUGAUAUUUCAGUUUCAUCUUCAGGUACUGGUUAUCUAGAAAUCAAAGGAUUCUUUGACUCAAAAGUAUUGAAGGAAGGAACUACCAGGGCUGAAGAAAUUGUAUCGGGUAGGAGUGUCGGGAGGACCAUGCUGGGGCUCACUCAUCGUCGCUUGCAUAAGCUAGCAGAAGUUGCCCCUGAAGAUGAUGAGGUUGAGGACAGAGCAGAUUCAGCUAUGCUGCUUCCUUCUAAUACAACAAGAGCUACAACAUCUGCAGCAAAAGUUGGUUGUGUCGUGACUGAUCAUCAUAAUGAUCCUGGUUCAUUGCCAAAAGCUACAAGUCAUGAGUCUCAAGCAAUAACCACUGAUGAAAUCUGUCAUGAUAACAUAGUAACGUCGGCUUUUCCCAGGCAAACCAUGUCCAAAACAGCAAAGGACGUUUCUUCUAAACCUAGCACUGAUGGAUAUGCUACUCUUACCAAAUCUGCCGCUCCAAUUGGUCAUAACUUGGUCCGACAAGGGUCCCAAGCAAUCAACAGUACUGAAAUUGGUCAAGGUUCUAACUUCAGUAGUAUCCGAAGGAAGGAACAUACAUCCAAGAAAGGAGAAGGUAUUACUGCUGAUGUUACUGUCGCUAAAGGCAUUAGUCUAGUUCAUUCAAGGCAAGUGAUGACUUCCAAUAAAGGAAAGGAGGAUUUUGCUGAUAAUGCUGCAACUACCAUCUGUUCAUCCGAUAUACACAAAUGCAACUCCAAUGCCAGAAAAUCCAUCAGACAAAAAGGACUGGAGAAAUCUGCUGGUGUCACUGGUAGCAGUUUCAUCCAUGAAGCAUCUCAUACAGUCUUUUUCACUGAACCCACUCGAGAUCUGGCUUCAAGUUUAAUAAACAGCAAACAACAGAUGCCGGAAAAAGAGGGAGAAGUUUCUGAUGCUCUUGAUCCUACUGAUGCUGUUGACAACAAUGGAAAUCAAAUGGAGGAUGGCAAUAUCAGUUCGUCAGUCAAGCUAAAUCAUGAGGAAUCCAAAGCAAUCGGUGCUAGUACAACUAACUGUGAUUCAGGGCCUUGCAAAUUGCUUGCCGGUUUAGCCUGCAGCAACCAACAGACAAUAAAGACGCUACAGGCAGCUUCUGCAGAUCAAAACGAUGUCACAGACGCUUCAUCCAAGAAGAAAAGUCUCGGCAUGGAAAGCAAAAUCACGGAGACAGCCCGCAGCAGAUGUGCGGUUGAAUCAGUGAAAUAUUUAUCUGGCGAAACAGCCAAGAACAUCAGCCGAUCCCUGCCGAAGACAGCGGAGCCUACGUCUCAUCCCAUUGAUAUCACGGAAGCAGCCAUGAGAAAGGCAGAAACCACCACGGUAAGGAAGCACUCAAUGAAUGAGGCGGUGAACGAUGACCGUACCGACAAGGAAGCGCCAUGCUCCAUCGACGCCAAGGCCGACGAUUCUCAACAGGCGGCAAAGGUGAACACCGCAGUGUGGGUCGACACGGACACGGACACGGACACCCUGCGCGCUCGGCUCGUCGACUCAAUGCGGCACUUGCGCAGGAUGGCAUCUCAGCGGCGCCAUCGGCAGAGGAAGCGCGGCUCGAAUAACAAGUGGAGUAUCGGGCCAGUGCUGGUGGUCAUCCUCCUGCUUGUCUCCGUGAGGAAUCGCGUGGAGCUGAUUCAGCCGACAGGUUUGGGAGGCCAAGACCGCAGUGUGGGUGUGGCUAACCAACUUCUCCCCAAAAAAAUGUGGCGGGAGAGCCUGAAAUCUAAAGGAUCUUGGCGGCAAAAAUAUUUCGGUAGCGCAGUGCCUAUGCACAAGUGCGAGAGGAAAAGACGAGCCAAAGCCCAAAAGCGUGUGUGCCUGUGUGGGGGAACCAGAAGGAAACGGAGGGUUGUCGAUGGGGCAUCGCCGCCGCCGCCGGAGGGGGUGAUGGAGGCGCCGAUCUGUCCGCCGGAGCCGCCGAAGCGGGAGAUUGUCAGAGUCACCAAGGCGAUCAUUAAGGAGAAGCCGAGCGCGUUCUCCUCGGUGGGCUCCGCGGGCAAGGACGGGGGCGGCGGCGCGGGCGGGGCUUUGAACGCCGCGGUCUUCAAGCGGUUCCACAGUUCAGCACCGGGGGCGAGAGCGGAAGGCGGCCACGUGGAGGCAGGGGAAGACGGCGACCUCGGCUUCGGCGGUGCAGGCGACGCCCGGCUGGACCUGAACGUCGAGGAGACCGGGGCGGUGGGCCGCCGCGAUCCCAGGAGAGCGGAAGAGCCCUCUUGGUGCGCGUCCAGCCAUGCCCGUCUUGCAUUUCUCUCAAAUUGUUCCGACCUUCCCCCUCCUGCCAGUCUGUCACUGGUUGAUGAUAAUAGCGGUCUAUCCAGGCGGCGACGAGCACUGGAACGACGGCAAGGCGGGGGAGAAAGCGGCCGCGCUCUGUACAACCACUACGCGAGCGGGGGCGGGUGGUGGCACGGCGACAUGGAGGGCGUGGACGGGGAAGAGGUCGGCUGGACGGACGACAUGUGGGAGGGGAUGGGAUCCGUCACGCUCGGCGGCUUGGAGUGGCACUAG